AUGGGGAAUUUGACUCGGAGCGCGGCCAGGACCCAGAGGGUCCAGCAACAGACCACCAUCCGAGUGGGAGGUUUUCAGAUGGCGCCUGCCUCACUCACCCAGAGAUGUGAGCACUGGGAUCCAGAGGUUGAGGUCCUCCAGUCCCCUCAGGACACAGUUUUGGGGGACUCGUCAGCAGAAAGAAAUUAUGAUGUUGGCAAUCGUGAACUAUUGGCAGUCAAGUUGGCCCUAGAAGAGUGGCGACAUUGGCUGGAGGGGGCCAAACAACCUUUCAUCAUCCUCACUGACCACAAGAAUCUUGAGUACAUCAAGACUGCCAAAAGACUUAACCCACACCAGGCCAGACCCGGGACCAAAAACACCAAACCUGAUGUUCUUUCUAGAGUCUAUGAGUCUGACCCRACCAGUGGCAACCAGGGAGAGUUCAUCCUGCCGGAUGCUAUCCACCUGGCCAUCACCCAAGUCGAGAGGGAAGUCAGGGAGGCCCACCAGAACUUUCCCCCUCCCAUGGAUUGCCCAGAUGUCUGUCUUCAGGAUUUCACCCUCAGACGGAUGGCCAGACUGAAAGGGCCAAUCAGGAGUUGGAGACCCGCCUACCGCCUACAUAUCCUGUGUGAGGACAACCCCACUAAAUGGGCUGAGAACCUCUCCCUGGUAGAACACUCCAUCAACGCCUUACCAUCAAGUGCCACUGGUCUAGCCCCUUUUUACAUCAUAUUUGGACAUCAACCAGCGGUGUUCACCACUCAUGAGCGUGCUGCCCAGGCUUACGCUGAUAUUCUGCAUGAUGCCAUGAAGGGGAUGCAGGUUGGUCUCCUGAUUGCCUGUGACGGUGGUGAACAGGGGGCCAUUCCACACGAGGUCUUCGAUGUGGCACUUGUGGAGGAGACCAUUGUGCUUCACAACAUUAAAGAUGUGACACUUGGCUUUGCUAUGCUUAUGGGCGUCAUCUACUGUGUCAAUCUCAAGUAUCCAGAUGACAUGAAGUAUUCGUUUGAGUUUCUUCAGAGAGUGGUGAUGAAGAUCAGACCAGACCAGGCCUCGGCUCGAGUACAUGUUUUCCGAAACAGAAUCCUGAGAUGUACUGUUAUUCCCUCCAUACCAUCUGGAGGUACCACGUCUUUCAACUGCACAGGAAUGACGGGUCGGGUGGUGAAUUUGUUCAGUUCUGCAUACAAUGUUCUGACAAUUUGUGAAGUAGAAGUAUAUGGAGAACCGGCAGCUCCUCUAGCAUCCUUCAGCGCCGAGGUGAUGGGGAGGAAAAUAGCCGUUGUGGAGGAGAAGCUGUGUUGGUCAGAUGCCCUGUUGUACUGCAGGGAGUACUACUGGGACCUGCUGAGCAUACGCAGUGCGCGGGAGCAGAGUGGGGUGGAGGAGGUGUUAAAAAACCUGACAGAGUUUUUUCCCACUCCUACCAGACACGUUUGGCUGGGACUGCGCAGAUAUCUAAGAGGCAGCACAUGGUUUUGGAUGUCGGGUCCCCCCAUGUACUACGUCAAAUGGGAACACCAACAUAUCUGGCAAGUCUCCAGUCCCUGUGGUGGCAUAGAGACCAGCGAGCCGUUCUACUGGAGAGAUCUUCCGUGUUGGGACAAUUUCUAUUUCAUUUGUUUGAAAGAUUUUGAGACAGGUGGGGUAAAAGCAGGGUUCUCCAGUUACGUAGUUUAACCUGUCCCUGUGGACAGGAACCAUUCCUGAAGGAAACUCAACAACCUUUCACAUCAGCUCCUAACAGUCUAUUUUUCUGUGUGGUUUAGCUUUUAACAUAAAACAUAUUCUUUCUU